GGCGACAUGCGGCGGUUGGGGUCGGCGGCAGCCGCGGUCGUAGGUCUCGCACUGGCCCUAGAGGCGCUGCCCUGGGUGCUGCGUUGGCUGCGGGCCGGGCGGCGGCGGCCGCGGCGCGAGGUGCUCUUCUUCCCAUCGCGGGUGACCUGCACCGAGGCGCUGCUGCGGGCUCCGGGCGCGCCGGCCGGGUCCCCCGCGGCCUGCCAGUGCAGCCUGCCGCACUGCGAGAGCUCGCUGAGCCGCCUGCUGCGCGCCCUGCUGGCCGCCCGGGCCAGCCUCGAGCUCUGCCUGUUCGCCUUCUCCAGCCCGCAGCUGGGCCGCGCCGUGCAGCUGCUGCACCAGCGCGGGGUGCGCGUGCGGGCCGUCACCGACUGCGACUACAUGGCCCUCAACGGCUCGCAGAUCGGCCUGCUGCGGAAGGCAGGUAUCCAGGUGCGACACGACCAGGACCUGGGCUAUAUGCAUCACAAGUUUGCCAUCGUGGACAAGAAGGUGCUUAUCACUGGCUCGCUCAACUGGACCACACAGGCCAUCCAGAACAACAGGGAGAAUGUCCUGAUCAUGGAGGACGAGGAGUACGUGAGGCUUUUUCUGGAAGAGUUUGAGCGCAUUUGGGAAGAGUUUAACCCUACAAAAUAUACCUUUUUCCCACAAAAGAAGAGAAGUCCGCGCGGUUGCGCUCUCUCCAGUCUUCAGAGCUGA